GCAAUUUAGGAAAAAAAGAUGAUAAACCAAGAAUAAGACGAAAAGAUAUAGAAAAAUAUAUGGCUGAUAAUUUGGCGGCUAUUGAAGAGACUUUUUAUAACCAGUCUGAUGACACUAAUGCUGAAUAUUAUAAGAAUUUUUUAACUUUGGAUGGUAGUAAGGCUGUUAAGGAUUUAGUUAAGGAUAUUCGAGAAAAGUUUAAAAAUGUGAUAGAUAACAAUUAUCUUUUGCCUGAGUAUAUGACUGGCAAUGGAGUUGAUGCUACUAGGUAUUUUAUUAAUGAAAUUGAACGCUUAAAAAGAAUAAUAGUUCAGCAUCAAAAAAAGGAACAAGAAUACGAAAGAGAGUUAAAUAAAAUUUUGGAAGAGUAG